GCCUACAGCCACUCAGCGCCGGCCAAUCAGCGCCGGAAGGCCGCCGGCCCCGCCCCGACCCCGGCCGGCAGGGACGUCAGGGCGGCGGGCUCGAGGCGGGGGCGGUGGUGGAGGCUCACCUGAGCAGCUGCUCCCCUGAGCGGCGGCCGGCGGCGAGGGCGAGGCCGGCGGUGCUGGCCACGGGAUGAGGAAGCGGACCGAGCCCGUCGCCCUGGAGCAUGAGUGCCACGCCGCCUCGGGUUCGUCCUCCGCCGGCUCGGCCGCCGCGGCGCUGGACGCCGACUGCCGCCUGAAGCAGAACCUGUGCCUGACGGGCCCCGGGCCGGCCGAGCCGCGCUGCGCCGCCGACGCGGGCAUGAAGCGGGCGCUGGGCAGGCGAAAGGGCCUGUGCUUCCGACUGAGGAAGAUACUCCUCUGUGUCGUGGGGUUGUACGUGGCCAUUCCAUUUCUCAUCAAACUGUGUCCUGGGAUACAGGCCAAACUGAUUUUCUUGAAUUUCGUUCGCGUUCCCUAUUUCAUUGAUUUGAAAAAACCGCAGGAUCAAGGUUUGAAUCACACCUGUAAUUACUACCUCCAGCCAGAGGAAGACGUGACCCUCGGAGUCUGGCACACUGUCCCCGCUGUCUGGUGGAAGAACGCCCAAGGGAAGGACCAGAUGUGGUAUGAGGAUGCCUUGGCUUCUAGCCACCCGAUCAUCCUGUACCUGCACGGGAACGCGGGCACCAGAGGAGGCGACCACCGAGUGGAGCUUUACAAGGUGCUGAGUUCCCUUGGCUACCACGUGGUUACCUUUGACUACAGAGGUUGGGGUGACUCAGUAGGAAUGCCGUCGGAGCAGGGCAUGACGUACGACGCGCUCCAUGUUUUUGACUGGAUCAAAGCGCGAAGUGGAGACAACCCUGUGUACAUUUGGGGCCAUUCCCUCGGCACUGGAGUGGCCACAAACCUGGUGCGGCGCCUCUGUGAGCGAGAGACACCUCCAGAUGCCCUCAUACUGGAAUCUCCAUUUACUAAUAUCCGUGAAGAAGCUAAGAGCCAUCCAUUCUCAGUGAUCUAUCGAUACUUCCCUGGGUUUGACUGGUUCUUCCUUGAUCCCAUCACAAGCAGUGGAAUUCAGUUUGCAAAUGAUGAAAACGUGAAGCAUAUCUCCUGCUCCCUGCUCAUCCUGCACGCCGAGGACGACCCGGUCGUGCCCUUCCAGCUCGGCAGAAAGCUCUACAACAUUGCUGCACUGUCACGCAGCUUCCGAGACUUCAAGGUUCAGUUCAUCCCCUUCCACUCGGACCUUGGCUACAGGCACAAGUACAUCUACAAGAGCCCUGAGCUUCCACGGAUCCUGAGCUGCUUCUGGAAGGGAGGCUGUGCCCCUGGCUGCACUGCGCUGGCCGAAAUCCUGGGCCAGGACGUGGGCUGCCGCCCCGGGCACCCAUCUCGAGCUUGGGCGCAGAGCCUGAGGAUGAGGGGUGCGCUGGUGGCAAAGCAAAGGGUUUGGAUGGACCAGGCACUCCCUGCCUCCCGCUGGAGGGUGCAGGCAGCCCGCACGUCCCGGCUCGGGGGCCUCUGCUGAGCCCGGGGUGCUGGAAUCGGCCCUCGGUGAGGUGUGUGCCGGGUGGUUACACUUCGCCCUUGAGGUUCCAGGGGCGUUCCUUUGCAGUUUCUUGCCUCACGGAUGUGGGUUGCUGCGAGGGGACAGUGACGAGUAUGGGUUUGCUCUGGGACUGUGGCUUUUCCCCAUAAAAGGAAUACAUUACAUAAAAUGUAGACCAGAGAAUGGCUCCAACAUUGGGGUGCAGUUAGUGACCCCAUCCUUGCUCCUGUGUGUCGGGACUUGACUUGGGUGCUGCCGUUGGCGCCCUGCUUGUUUAACUCAACGGGGUUUUCUGAGCGGAAGUGUGGUCCUCCAGGCUCCUUUGCGGCCUCCCCGGGUGGGCUGUAGGACGACCACAGGAGGUGGUGUCUCAGGUUUGGCCUCA